UCUCGGCUAAUUUACUGUUUGUUUUUCUUUUCACUAGAUAAACGUGUUGAUAAUUGGCCCUUGAUGCAGUCCCCAAUUCCGACACUGAUUAUAAGCACUCUAUACCUCCUCAUUGUCUGGCUGGGCCCCAAAUGGAUGAAGAAAAGAGAACCUUUCCAGUUGCGCAACAUGCUGGUUUUCUACAAUUUUGGAAUGGUUCUACUUAACUUCUAUAUUUUCAAAGAGCUAUUCUUUGCAUCAAGAGCUCGAGGAUACAGCUAUAUCUGCCAGUCUGUGGAUUAUUCAGAUAAUGUUUACGAAGUCAGGAUAGCUUCUGCUUUAUGGUGGUACUAUGUCUCCAAAGGAAUUGAAUACUUGGACACAGUAUUUUUCAUCCUGCGGAAGAAAUUUAACCAAAUCAGUUUCCUUCAUGUUUAUCAUCAUUACACCAUGUUCACCUUGUGGUGGAUUGGAAUCAAGUGGGUUGCAGGAGGACAAUCUUUUUUUGGAGCUCAUAUAAAUGCAUUUAUUCAUGUUGUUAUGUACAUGUACUAUGGAUUAGCUGCCUGUGGCCCUAAAGUUCAGAAGUACCUCUGGUGGAAACGAUACUUGACCAUACUACAAUUGGUUCAGUUCCAUGUGACUCUUGGCCAUACAGCCUGGUCUAUUUAUAUUGAUUGUCCCUUUCCCAAAUGGAUGCACUGGGGUGUAAUUUUCUAUGCUGUCACCUUUAUUCUCCUGUUUGGCAACUUCUACUAUCGGACAUAUAAACAACCCAAAGAACCUGUAAAGAAUGGCAAAAUAGCAAAUGGUGCUGUUGCAAAUGGUGUAAGCAAAUCGGAAAACAAUCUAGUGGCGGAAAAUGGAAAGAAGCAGAAAAAGGGAAAAGCAAAAGGAGAGUAACCGGAUCCAGGCCUUAACCCUUGCUGGCAGUGAUGAACCUCCAGUCUGAUUUAAGGAAAAUGUUUAAAAAUAAACACUAUCUAUCUGUACCCAUUAACCCUUAGGUUACUGGAAAGCUAGAACACACAGAUAUUUUCAUUAUUUAUGAAGAUUGUUUUAACAACAACACUUCAAAUUAAAUUUCUAUUGUAAUUAUGUAAUUAUCGAGCAUAUGAUCUCUGUGUAAACUUUAUAGAUGGCUGGUGUUGGUGAGUGUAAGAAAGAAUUGCAGUAAUUAACAUGUUUUAGCAGUUGAAGUUGAUCCUACCAUUGAUGUGACUGAUUUGUAGCAGUCCACAUUUCUAGGGGGGAAAAGGUUGCUUUGGAAUACUUAUGUUUCUGCCAGAAAUUUAUUAAAUUUCAAAUUAUGAUUGUAUAUUACCCGAUUAGAAUAUGCAGUUUUCUUGUCUUCACUAGAAAUAUCUCAAGACACAGUUAUGUCUAUGUGUUAUUAGAACAGACUGUUGAAUUUUCACAUUUCCCUUGUUUUGAUUUAAUGUCUGUUACAGUUUUUCCUGUGUGGAAAUAUACCUACCUCUUCAUGUGCUGAAAGCAACAUUUAACGUUAAAUAACUUCAAUUUCUGAAGUAUGGAGUCCUCCAAGACAAAUAUGAGAUGCAAUUUGGAGAGAGCUGGGGUGGGGAGAGGACCACUUCUUUUAAAAUCAUCUCCCUUUUCAAUACAAAUGUGACUUUGGGAUGUGAAUUUGGAUGCGAUUUAGUGGAGAUGACCUUUUUAAAUGUAUUUAUAAAUACAAUAUUUAUGACAGUUGAUCUGAUGAAAACUAAAGUACUUUUUGCCCGCCUGCUUAAAAUCAGUGGUGCUAAUUUAUAUGCUACUGCAAAUGAUUAGGUGGUGUUAUAAUGAGGUUGAAAUAUACUAUAACUGAAAUCACGUUUGCAAACACCGUUUCUUAUGUCAAAUAGAACAGAAGUGUUUUCAGUGUAAGUUGUAGGUUCUAAAACUGUUUGCUCACCCACAAAUUGGACAUGCUACUUCAUACCCUAGUGACUGCAAGCAACUUACCAAUUUAAGCAUACACUGGAUGUAGACAAGUAUUGUGUUUGUCAGGCCAGUACAGGUAGGUUAGUUGUUGAGAUUCAUUCCUUCAAUAUUCCUGACUCUUGUCACUUUAACAUAUAGGUUAUUCUUCCAAUUAUUGUUUAGUCAAAACUACCAUAAUAAGACAAAAUGGCUUUUUACAAUUCCUUUCUGCUCAAAACACUUCAUAACUGUUAAUUGAUUAAAUUGUUACCCUUCUAUGAGGAAAAUAUUUUAUUUGCAUUUGUAUUUUGUGGGCGCUACAUUAUAGACAAUUUGUUACUUUUCGUAACUCAAAAUGAAUAUAAGGCAGUUCAGACUUGACCAGGUCUCAUAACUUCCAGUUCCCUACUCUUAACUACAAGAGCUGUUUUCUAAAUAAAUUUGUUACAGUUGUGGUCAAAAACAAGUUCAUCACAGUGUAUCUUACAUCAGGAAAAAUGUGAUGUAUAAAGCUUGUGUAUAGAAUGUAAAAUAUUCAGCACAAUUACAAUUUUUUCAUCGUAGUUAUCCUUCCUGCCUAUUAUAAAUAAUAGGCAAAAAGAACCUACAACUCUGAUUUCUUGUGACGUUUUUUAUCUUUUAUCCUUUUACUCAAAACUGAAUACAAAUCCUAAGUAGUUCAGGAGAAAAGGCAAUUCUGACUAAAUCCAUAAUACUUGAAACGAUUACUGGUUAAACUGGAAAAUGGGUCUUCAGUAGGAAGCCUAUGUUAUAGGUUACAUGGCAGGAAACUAGUUUAUCAGGGCAGAGUAACUCUAUUGGACUGUAACUGGUCUGUUACCAUUAAUUAUCUUAUCUGCUUAGUCUCGUGAGUUACCAGUCUAAGUCUUGAUGCUUUCAGGUAAAAAUAAAACUUACUACAUUUGUAAAAAUGUGUCUUAUGCAUUGAUAUAUGUGCAACAAAAAAAGAGUCAAGACCCUUUCUAAAAAAACUCGCAUGUAUUUUCUCUGUUUGUAGGGAACUAGCACUUUUUCUUGUAUGACUUUUUUCUUCCUUUAUUUUUAAAAAAGAUUAGAUAAAAUAAGCAUAAAUUUGACAGCUGGUGCUACGGGGCUUUUUUCCUUGAUCCAUUUCUUGUUUGACCAUGUGAUUCAGUCCUGUUUUGAGCUUAAAUAUAAUGUCACUUUCAUGGCACGCAGUUUGAGGGAUAGCAUAGCAUGGCUGCAAGUGGAAUACUUCUUUUGUUAUGACUGAGCAACCAGUGUCACGGAAAUUGACAGAGCUGACAAUAUACAGCUACUUCUCUUUUCCUAGAUUUCAGUUGGGCACAAGGUAGGCACUCCAGAUUCUCCCUGCGUUUCCUAUUUUGCAGCUUGUGUGGUUACCAAGUCUGCACAGUUUGGGCCCAGAGGUAAUAAGAAUAUGUAAAAGUCUAUGUAUAUAGAUAUGCAAUCAAAACUUGAGUACCAAAAAACUUUUGCAUGAUAAAAUUUUCUUACUGUAUGUUUUUUUUUUUACACUUGUCUGUAAGAUUGUGAGUCCCUGGCUCUUUGAAAUCUUAGAUUUUUUUUUUUUCAUUAAAUGACUUGCGUCCCAAGAAAUUUUGAAACCUUUGGGCUAAUAUUACAUCAAGUGUCACACUGGUUACUUCCCCACAACGUCCUUGAUGUCCCCUCAGACUUACCUAUUUUUAACAGUCUCUUUGCUCAGUCAAUUUUUUUUUUUUAGGCAGUUUAAGUAGGAUUUUUAUAGAUUCCCAUAAUGUUUUCCCAGUUGAUGAGGUAACUGGUAAUUUUUAAAUACAAAGUUUGAAUGUCUCUAGCUCAGAGAUGAAUCAUAAAAACCAAAACUGCUUUCAUUUGAAUAUAGCUUCAGAAUUAGGCUUUUCAAAUAUAGAUGGUAUUUGCUGGUCAUUUUAGGCCUAGUAGGCUGAGAUCUUCACAAUGACAGUUGGUCAAAUGUAACAAAUAUUAAGACCUCAAACAGAGGUUAACUGGUGAAUCCUUGUCACCUGAACCAACAACUCACUGUCAUACAUGCUCUGUAAGCUAACCAAGGACUAUCCAACAGUAGAGGAUUUUAAGAAAACUACAUAGUGAGUCAACUCUGCAGAAGUCUCUGAAGCCCCUGAAAUGAAAGUGACUUUUAAGAACACAUUAAUCAAUGUUGAAAUAUUGGUCCUAUAUCAAAUGAGCCUCUCUAUGUAAUGGCCAUAUUGAUAAAUAUUGACUUGCAGCGAAGUUGAAUCUUUUCCAUUAACUAUUUCCACUUCAGAAAAGUAUUGUUAAUAAUUUAUAUAGGGAUGCAAAAAUGCUGCAAAAUCACUUGGGCUAACCCACACUUUGCUUCUUCCAAAUACGUGCAUCUGUGUUCACCAUGUGCUGGGGUUGCCAAGGGUAGUUACUUAUACUGGAAAGCCUCAAUCCUGCAAAGGCAUACGGUCAUGCUUAAUUUAUGCACAGUUUUAAAAACCUUACUUCAAUGGGAUUUCUCAACUUGUGUGAAAUUUAAUCCUACAUUAUGUUAUGUAGGAUCAAGGCCAUAAUCUAUAAACGAGUGUUUUUAAUAUUACAUGUUGUAAUUUGUUGUAAGGGAGGUUUACAGCUGGGUGUAUGGAUAAUGCAUUCAUCUUCAUCAGUUGCAAACACAGACACUUAAUCCUGAAGGGCUGAGAAGUGGCAAGUCAUCUUUGGGUAAUUACUAAUCACCUUGCACUGUACUGCCAGAGGAAGUAGUACUUAGAUGCAUUCUCUGCCAGUAUACUCUAUACAUCAGCAGAAAACUUCAGUCCAAAAGGAAUGGAGAAAUAUUUUAUUUCUAUGCUUCAUUUGUAGACAGAAGAAAGGAGUGGUUUGGGAGCCUGCUUUUGCAUAGGAUGUUUUGCUUUUGUAAACUUUUAAAAUAAAUUUUAUUUUUCAUGCUGUC